UAUUGGACGUGAGAGAGAGUGAGUGAGUGAGUGCCGGAGAGGAGCAUUCCCCCGCGAUGCGCCAGCUUUGUUUUAUUUCGUGGCUUUCGAUCCGGCGCUGGUGUUUCCGAUCUGUAUAGAAGAGCUUAGAAGGUGGGUUUUUGAUUGUGAAUUUUCAUCUGCCGGGUUGCAGAUUCCAACAAGUGUUCCUUGAUAAUUCAUAUGUCCUGGAAUAGCUAUUGCUGGAGUUCUUGGUGAAGGGGCUAGAGAGUUGAAGGCAGUGUUUCGUUGUGGCCAUGGCACCAUCAGGCAAUCUGAAGUUAUAUGCAGAUCUUAUGUCCCAGCCCAGUCGAGCUGUUCUCCUCUUCUGCAGGGUUAACAAUAUUGAUGUGGACCAGCAACUGAUUAAUAUCCAGAAAGGGGACCAUAAAACGCCAGAGUUCAAAGCAAUCAAUCCCUUGGGAAAAGUUCCGUGUAUUGUUGACGGCCGUUUCAAGCUUGCGGAAAGUCAUGCUAUUAUGGAGUAUUUGGCAGCAACACGUCCAGGCGUAGCUGACCACUGGUACCCAACUGACGUUCAAAGGAGAUCAAAGAUUAAUUCUGUGCUGGAUUGGCACCAUUUAAAUCUGCGACGUGGUUCCAUGACCCUGGUGUUCCACAAAGUAUUAGCACCGAUAGUAGGGGUCAAAGCAGACCCAAGGGCAGCAGCGGAAGGGCUUUCCAUACUUCAGCAGUCAUUGCAAGUCUUAGAGACAGUGUGGUUGCAAGAAGGUUAUCCAUUUCUAGCAGGCGGGAGGCAGCCAUCUAUUGCUGAUUUGAGUCUUGUUUGUGAGAUCAUGCAGCUGCAGGUCUUAGGUGAGGAGGAAGUUGCGGCGCUGUUGAGCUCCAAGGAACGUGUUACUGCAUGGAUAGCCGCGGUAAAAAAAGCUACAUCUCCACAUUUUGAUGAGGUUCACAAAAUCAUUUUCAGAGCUGCAGCAAAUGUGUCGAAAGGAACACGGCAAGUUAAAGCAGGUACCGGACCUGAUGUCCAUAGACGCCAGUCAAAACCUCCGGUGUCUAAGUUAUGAACGAAGGCCACAUUUAGUUAUACUCCCAAUACAGCUGUUUUGUGAACUCGUAAAUAAUGCGCUCAACUCCUGGAUUUAGUCCUUUUUGCGCAUCCUAUGUAAUCAAGUCAGUUUGUUACAUACUUUUUUUUAGUAUGAGCAGUAGAUGGCACGUUUUUCAUGUUCUUAAAACAAAAAGAAUUUCUGUAAUGUGUUUGGGAUUUUACCUUGCCAAGAUGUGGGGUGUUUACCAUCCUAGCAAGAAAUCAACCAUGUGGUAAUCCAAUGGUAAUGCUCUACUCGUCCUAGAACAGCA